GGCAAAACCUCCAAGAGCAACCAAUUCAAAAUUGUUCAUAUCGUCAUUUGACCUAUUACUACCUAGUUUGAGCAACGUUGCAACACGGGAAACAAGCAGCCCGCUACAGGCUUGGUGGUGAAGACCCAAGUUACGUGGAGUAGCCUCCUCCGCAAGUGGACUCCUUUACAGGCUUGAUGUGGACGACAUAAUAGCACCAUGUAUUUCUGCUACUUCUGUUUAAUCGUCAUCGUAGCAGCAAAGUUGUCAAGCUCAGAAACACAUGUAAAUUUAAAAGCUGCACCAUUGCUAAAACGUCGGCCACGGCGAUGCGCUUUUCUUUCAAGAGACAAUUAUGGUUCCCGGAGUCAAGUUCCCUGGGGAGAUAUAACGAGUCUCAAGACGGACCCCAGCUUGUACCUAAGGCCUCGUGGCAAUGUCUGUUCACACUCCUGCACUGAGAAGUAUCAAGCCAGCUGUGGAUUUUGGGGCUGGCAAGGUUGCACCAGCUAUAGGUAUAAAACCUGCUACAGUUGUUGCAGUGGAUGGAGUGGGGAUACUUCUGAUGGCUGCCCAACGCCCCUAUGUUUUGGUAGUAGCCGGUGUCCUAACGGAGGAACAUGCGGAACUCCUGAUCACUGCAGCUGUACCCGAGGGUACUACUCUCCGAGAUGCGAGCCCUGUACCACCAUUGGACACUGUAGUGAGAUAUCCUGCAGCACUUCGUCAGACCAUGAAUGUUUGCAAUGUGAGGGUGAUUACGGCUCACUUGGAUCGGCUUACAGGUUGUCAUGGAGCAAAAGAUAUUGCUAUCAACAAUGUUCGUGGAGGACUGACAGCAAUGCUUGCUAUCCAGGAACCUGCUCUUCUUACGGGACCAGCUGCCGCUGCAGCACUGGCUUCUCGGGAACAGACUGUAGAACAAUGAAUGGCAGUCAUGCACCAAUCCUGUCGGAGCACCGUGCCACCCUCAUGUCUGGGUCUACGAUCUUGGAAUCCCCUACAGGCCAGGGCAGUAUGGCCACCGUUUAUACCAAUGUGAACAAUUUGGCAAGCCUUAGAGUCCACUGGAUAAGCUCCUACCAGCCCACAGGGCUCCCAAGCCUCCCCAGCAGUCGACGUCCAUACAUCCAUAGUGUUAAGCUGGGUGUCGUUAAUGCAGGAGUUAGUGCCACUGUGAAUCGGGGCGGGAGAGUAAUAUACUCACCAGGUUCCCGUACGUGCACAACAGCGGUAAAUAGAGUAUCUUUUAAUCGAAACCGUCCUGCAACAAAUCUGGUAUCAUGUGAAUACACGUUCAGUUUGAGCUACAGUGCCUGGAUACCAGCAACAGGAGAUGUACUACGGUCUGACGUGUAUUCAACCAGUGGUGGCUACAUGAAAUUAUACAACAGAGACUCAAACAACCGAAUCGAGACACGAUACUACCGUGGCACAACAAGCUCCGCUUCCUCAACUUUCACCUUUGACUUUGAUGACCCUUACCACUGUGUAGAUGUUGGCAGAGGAUGUAGAGACACAAUUUUAAACGCGGGGAAUGAUGUUACAUCUGAGGCAUUGAUAAGAAUCACUUGGCAAGGUUGGUCAGACGAUCACGCUGGUAUCAAAGAAUAUGAGCUGGAAGUGCGGCAGCUGUCAGGUAGUCAUGGCAACGAGAUGACAGAAAUCCUUCACAGUCCUGCUGUUUGUAAUGGAACCGCCAGCUCUGGACAUUCUGUUACCUUGCCUCACGUGGGUGUUUAUUCUGUUGUCCUUGCCGUUGUUGACAACGUCAGUAACAUCAAACGCAGCAGACGCUUUGUGUUAUUUGACAACGAUCCCAACGACGUCACCAUACUAAGUGAUUCGCCUCUGCACGUAGUCUCAGCGACUUCAGAGACCAACUUCACAUGGCUGACCAAUCUUGAAUCCGGCGGAGGGACAACCACUGUGCGGCUUGACUGGACAGGCCAUUUCAUUAAUGCGAAUCACCACAACCAAGGAUUCUUGAAGCCCAUUGGGUCCUAUGCUGCCGGUACAAUCCAUCCUAAUUACGACCAGUACUUUGGGCUGCGAGGCCGUGCAGGUAUCCUGAACAAGCUAGGCGUUACACAGUUCCGUGCCUUUUAUGAUAUCGACCACAGCGGUGGUAAGACAACUAUCGGUGUGAGUGACAGCAACUCGGACAACUGGAGGAACGAAGCCACAAACACGCAGGCGACAUAUGACCUGAGCCUAGUGGACGGCGAUUCUAUACGGUUCUGGGUGGAGGCCAGGGACCUAGCCGGUCACUUUGUAAGGGACAACGUGUUGGUUCACGCUGACUCAUCCCCACCUGUUAUUGAAGAAUUCUGGCUGGUACGAGACGGGGAAGUAAACCUAGCCGCUCAUCAUUCAGUCAAUCUGCAUGAAAUGAGAGUUGUGUUCAGGGCUUACGACAUUCACAGCGGUCUAAGAACCAUCGAGUGGCGUUUGUUUGAAAACCACACUGGUACUGAGAUGGAAUAUGAACGUCAGACAGUGCCUGCCAGGAAACUUGACAUGGACUCUGCAGACUGUAAUCCCGUCGAUUGUCUCUGUACCCCGAUUGGUGACUGCUAUGCCGCAGACUACAGUUUCAGUCCAACAAACGAUCUUGGCACUCACGACCAUAAUUACUUCAUCGCGUUGACCGUUACGAAUCAAGCAAGACUUGUAGCUACCCAGACGUUGAAGAUAACGGUAGACACAUCACCACCUAAAGCUGGUGUGGUGCAUGAUGGGAUACCUGGGUCUAAUGAGGUGGACUUCCAGGAAGGCAAUGACCUCACAGCUCACUGGCAGGGGUUCUUUGACAAGGAGAGUGGAAUCAAGUUCUACCAGUAUCUGUUUAGGGAUUCCUGCUGGACUAGCCCUAGCAGUGUAAGGGAUGUGAUGACAAGAACUACCUCUACACAUGCUAGUUGGACUGCACCCUCUCCUGGCCGGUACUAUGUCACCGUCAUUGCUUACAAUCGAGCUUUUGAGCCCUCAAAGGCUGUCUGUUCUGACGGUGUGGUGAUUGAUACAAGCCCUCCUCAGUUGUCACAGAUCGCUAUCAGCUACGCUCGGAUGUGGCCCGGUCUGGCCAAGGAUGGUAAGGGUCGAGUGUGGUUCAUUGACGAGCACCGCAGGAAGAUGGAGCUGAUGGAUGCAUUGAGUGGAUGCAGUUCCAAGGCUGCUGUGGUAGAAGAUUUGUCUGUUUAUCCUGAGAUGGUCGGCACCAACGACUCAUCAGCAAUACUCCAAGGAGACUUGGAAUGCCUCUGGAUCUCGGCCAUUCAACACAGACUAUUCCUUCCAACCCAUAAACAUGUGACCAUCUCAUGGACUGGGGACGAUGUAGAGAGCUCCAUUUAUGACUAUGAAAUUGGUCUGAGCACCGACCCUUUAAAUCCGACCCCUGACCUUGUGACAUUCACGUCUACAUCAGGUCAUGAUCACUUUGUGAUGUACCAUCCCCAUAUCAGCCAAGGAGCUGUGUUCUACUUAGCUCUAAAGGCAACCAACAAGGCCCAGCUGUCUACGUUGAAGGUUAUCGGUCCCAUCACAGUAGAUACCACCCCACCCAUGUUUGUUGGACGUGUCUCAUUUCAUGUGGAAGGUGACUACUUGAUUGCUGAAUGGGGAGAGGAUGGCUUCAUUGAUGAUGAAGACACCGACCUGAGAUACCAAGUUGCCGUCAGUUUGUCAAAGCUAGAUAUGGGGAUCAGCCCAGAUACCACGGAGAUCCCCACUUUCCAAUGGGAGAAAAGCUACAGAAUUGGCCCGUGUUUGACGCAAUCAUCGUGUGCCGCAUUCUCAUUGGAUGACCUAGACUGGCAUCUCCAUGGUGACCAUGAGUAUUACGUGUCAGUAAGAGCGCAGAAUGGUGCUGGAUUGGCAACAGUGGGGACCUCAUCCGUGUAUAGACACAUCGUGCAGUUGCCGUCUGUGGGUGUUGUAUUGGACGUUGCUCCCCCUGGAGAGGAAGUGGCUGUAAAGUUCGGGAUUGCUAAGGACAUUGACGUACAAAUGAAUACUACAAGCAUUUCAGCUCGUUGGUUUGGCUUUGAUCAUCCUCAUCUUAAUAUCAGCUAUGAGAUUGCAGUCGGAUCAGGACGAGAUGAUUUAUCAGAUGUCACUCAUGGUUUUGUCAAUGUCGGCAGUGCAACAUUCUAUUGUCUGAAUGGACUGGAUCUAACUCCAUUGACGACAUACUACGUGACUAUCCGUGCGAAAUCGGAAGCUGGUAGUGUCAAUAUUACAUCAGAUGGUGUCAAAAUCAUACAAAUGGGUGAGAUACUGGAGGAAGCCACAAUCAAAGAUGGACUAGGCUGUGGUCAAGAUGAAGCAUCAGUUCAUCCAGGGUUGUCCCAUCACUCACCUCCUGCCGAUCACACCUGUCAGGACGACAUCACCUACCAGUCCUCUACCUCAGACAUCUCAGCUCGUUGGACCAUCCCUGAGAUGCUGCAGCCUUUUGUGACCAACGUCGUCUGGACGGUUGAACGAGAGAUUGAAGCAUACCAAGAUGGUGAGAACACAACGUUGGAAUGGAUCCCAGUGCUUGGUGAUCAAGAUCUUGGCAUGACAUUCCAUCAUCUUAGUGCUGGUAUAGGGUUUCAAAAUGGAGGCCACUACAGAUCAAAGGUUCAGUUCUGUCAUGUUGGCGUUUGCUUCCGCCCUAUUGUGACUGAUGGGUUCUGGGUAUUGUCCGAAACUCCUGAGGUUGGUCAGGUCACAGUCAGCAACAUUGAGACUACACAAGGCAGGACAGAGAUCCACGUGACCUUUCAGCCUUUUGCCCAUGACUACGUCCGUCACGAUGACCCUCAGGAAUUGAUGGAUUUCUAUGAGUGGAGCAUUGCUCAGGAUGGCAGUGAUGGAGCCCUGCUGAACCAGUGGAAAAGGAUUGAAGAUUUGAUGAUCGCUACAAACGUGGUCUAUUUCACUGCGUCGUACAGCGGACUUUUGGACCUGGAUAUUUGUCAUCGGUUAUCAGUCAGGGGCUACAACAAGGCUGGUCUGUCAUCCAUAGCCAGCACUGAGAUCGUAGAUUGUGAUGAAAUGAAGACGCUCAUCGUCCCCCAUGUUGUAAUUGAUGCAGAUCAUAAAGUCAGCUUUGAUCAGAAUGCGUUGUGGCCGGAACCAGACAAGAACUAUAUUUCAUCCACAUCCUCCUUAUCGGCCGUCUGGCCCACACUGCGUCACAGGGCCUACGUCUGGGGAGCCAUUGAGGACACUGGAUCUACUAAAUUUGGAGAUUUGGACAGUGGUCUGCAGUAUCCAUGUGAUCACCCUCACGUGAAGGCCUGCGGGGAUACAGAUAAAGAGUUCGUCAACGUUCCAGAUUUAGCCCUUGAACAUGGCAAACGAUAUCGCAUUUGCAUCCAUGCCGAUGAAGUGACACUUGAACACCAGGGUUGGAAUGAACAGCUACCCGCCGUGUCCAGCUGCAGCAAUGGCGUUGUCAUAGAUACGACUCCACCAACCCCUGGCUCUGUUUGGGUCGGAGGGAACAAACAUCAACACUAUCAAAGUUCCAACUCUGAGUUAGUGCUGCACUGGGAAUCGUUUAUCGACAUUGAGGAACACGGCAUGGCACGUCAUCACACGGGGAUCAGAUACUAUGAAUAUUCUAUUGGAUCGAUGCGAGGUGGCAGUGAUGUAAAGGAGUUCACCCGUGUUGGAAUUACUAACAGUGCUAUCGUACAUGGCAUAAGAUUACAAAAUGGACACACAUACUAUGCUACAGUGAGAGCCACUGACUUUGUUGGCCUGUCGUCCCAAGUGGUAGCUGACCCAGUCACCAUUGAUGCAUCUCCUCCUGUUAUAAACGGCGAACACACAUUGGACGUUGGGGGCAGCUUUUUCCGCUCAACAACUUCUGUGUCAGCAAGUUGGAAGGAUGUGUUCUCAGACAAGGAGAGUGGUGUGGCGUAUUACGAGUGGGCUGUGGGAUCACAUCCAGGUCAUGCAGACAUCAUGCCUUUCACUAGAGAGAGCACAGCAAAAGGGGUCAGUGAACCUUCACGACCUUUGGCCCUUCAGGAAGGUCACUCAUAUUUUGUUUCUGUUAAGGCCAUCAAUACAGUAGGCCUGAUCACUCUGAAGACUUAUGGAGCUUUCACGGUUGAUGCUAGCCCCCCAUUGGCUGGUCAUGUUUUUGAUAGAAACCCAGCCCAUGCAUCAGCCAAUCACAGAGACCAAGACUUCCAAGAGGAUCGAACUGUGCUUCGGGCAGCCUGGAAAGGGUUUCAUGACCCGCAUAGCUCCAUCGUUGGGUAUUCAUGGAGGAUCGGGUUAUGUCCAGGGUGUAGUGAUGUCGUGCCUGAGCAGCACGUGGGCUUAGACACUGAUGUUCGUGCGGAAAACCUGAAUCUGGUGCCAGGUCUGACCUACUAUGUGACAGUGACAGCUUGUAAUGCUGCUGACCUUUGUACUUCAGUGACCUCUGAUGGGGUCGUGGUUGAUGACACGCCCCCUGUGCCAGGGCGGGUGUAUGAUGGCAGUGCUGGGAGCGGUGACAUCAGCUACCAGUCCUCAAGGCUUCGACUGCAAGCACAUUGGUGGGGCUUCCAUGACCCUCACUCUGGUCUCUCCCACUACGAAUGGCGUGCGGGCACUACACCAGGAGCUGUGGACAUUCUCCCCUCUACACGCAUUGAGCUAUCAGAGGAUGCUCUAAUGUUCCUGCCGGCAUCAGGCCAGCUGCCUCUGGGCACUGAUAUCUACAUCACUGUGCGUACCUAUAACCGGCUUGGUAUGUGGAGUGAGGCUACAUCUAAUGGGUUCCGUGUGGACUCUAGCCCUCCUGAUGUGCUGAAGGCACCUGCUUUUGAUGAGACACAAGGGAUGGCUGUCCAAGGUACCCAGAUUUUACGCGAUGUUAUUCACAUUUCCUGGAAGUUCCGUGAUCCAGAGAGUGGCAUCAAAGACCAGUAUGUAUCGGUCAGCACACACCAAAAUGGAGAUGUCAGCAUACAUCCAGUAAAGAUUGCAGGGAGCGAGGUUGACCACACUUUCACCAAUCUGACAUUACACGAAGGGAGUCGUUACAUCGUAACCGUAGUGGCUUGCAACCUCGCUGGUCUCUGUACGGAAUCCAAGGCAGAACCUGUGUUGGUUGAUUUCAGCCUGCCGUCUGUUGGGUCGUUUGCCGUGGGCACAGAGAGUGCUGCCAACUUGGAGCGUCGCCAUAUCGACUGGAUUGGUCCAACUGAACCAGACCAAACCAAUUCCCAACGCCACCUCCGCGACUGGAUGACGUGGAUAAAAGACACCAGCAACACCACUGGUUCCUUAGCCCUUGCCUGGUUGGGAUUUGCUGAUGUGCACUCUGGUAUCAGCCACUACUUUGUGUCUGUCGGACGCACCUACGGUGGCUUGCAACUCACUCCGAAUGGACCAGUUCGAAUCAAUCAGAGUGAUGACGGCAUGCCAUUGGACGAGGGCAUUUUGCAGACAGCCGUUGUACAUCUGGACGGCAGUAUAGCAGAUCUUUCUCCUCCGUAUCUCUACAUCUCCAUCUGGGCUGUAAAUGGGGUUGGGCUACCGAGUUCUCGUCACCAUUCAGUCUUUGAAAUAUCUGCCAUCUCAGCAGACGAAGGCACUCUUGUUCUACUCCGACAUUGUUCACCUUCAACUUGCGAAGGUCAUUGCGCAUGUGCACCCAUUGAUAGAGCAUGUAACCCAGACCGGUCUUGCACUGAUGUAUCAGACAAUAAUCCCCACACUGAGAUAGAAGUUCUGGAUGUACUGGAUCUCAUGUACGAUAAUAUCGAGGCGGUGACUGACAUAGACUAUACCCCUACUCAGCACACAGCGGCUGCAGUGUGGCGAAUCACUGAUCGUAAAGGACUGGAUAUCAAGUGGUGUGAAUGGAGCAUCGGGGAUGACUCUUCAUCUGAACCAGUCGGAGUCUUCGAUCCAGUGAAUGAGAGAGUAUGGUUUGAUGUUGGACAGGACGACAAUGCAAUCAUUGUGCUGGAUGAGGACCACAAGUUACUUCAGCAAGUCAAAUAUCACGUAUUUGUACGAGCCUGGUAUGAUACCAGUGAAUAUGCUGUGUUCAAGUCAGAUGGCAUUAUCCCCGACGUAACACCACCAAAAGUCUCAACAAUCAGAAGCACGAAGAUAAAGGACCUCGCUGCAGCUGAUGCCAGGGCAGACACGGAUUACUUGACAGAUACUGUCCUCUUUGUUUCUUGGGAGGGAGUGUUUUUAGACCAUGCAAUGUCCCACUACCUCGUGUCACUCAGCACCCAUCCAGGAGGUGAAGAUAUCCGUCAAUAUGAUCACAGCUUUCCAGCUGGUGCAACUUCCACUCAGUUCACAAGCCUCGACCUACAAAGUGGAGUGCGGUACUUCAGCAAUGUCCUGGCAUUCAACAAAGCUGGUCUGCAGACGCUCAGAAGCAGUGAUGGCUUUGUAGUGGACACCAGGAGGCCAGAUCCUGGCCUAGUUUUUGAUGGAAUAGAUCUCCAUGAUGUACAGUACCAAAACUCCAGCACAGUCAUCUCAGCCUCCUGGCAUGGCUUUGUGGAUCUGGAAUCCUACAUAGACCAUUAUGAGUGGUGUGUUGGACAGAUCCCAAGCCCUAGAAAUGCUAGCAUUCUGCCUUGCACCGAUGUUGGAAUCCACUUGUCUGCCUCCAAGACUCUAGCUGUACCUCUCACAGAUGGUAUUCGAUAUUUCUCCAGGAUCUCAGCUUUUGAUGCAGCUGGCCGGCAGUCUGUUUCAGUCUCUUCAGACGGAUUUGUAGUGGACACUACUCCCCCUGAGCCAAUAGAACAUAUCCUUGUAGGGGAUAACCUGAUUCAGAAUCCAUCAUUUGAAGAGAUGGGGGAGCUGCGUAGCACGGAUAUGGGUUUUGAACGCACAUUUAGUUCUGGAGACGGGUUAUCAGGUGGAGCCUCAGGUGGAAUUCAGUCAUUGUACGAACCAUCUGAAGCUUCAUCAUUGCAGUCAUCGUCAUCACCAGAAUCGGAUGGUCUCAAAGCCUGGAAAAUUAAAUCCGGCAGCCAGUUUUCAGUGGUCUCAUCUGAAAAGAAGAUUGCCAAAGACGGUCAUUCUUUCUUGUCCCUCCGUGGUGCCAUCUCCCAAACCUUCAACACAACGAUGGGCAGCCAAUACCAGAUAGUGAUCUUCGUCAGUCACAUGCCAUCUCAGAAUCCUUCUCUGAAUCAGGAAGGCUGCAUCCAGGCCCCAGGAUUGAACCGUAUCUUUAGGUUGUAUGACCGACCAGCACACCGUCACUCAGAUCAGAGUAUGAGAUCUAUCCAGUGGAAUCGGCAAAGGUUUUACUUCACAGCCAGUGAAGAUGUCUCAACAUUAAAAAUCUCCUCAGUUGGAAGAUCAAAUGGAAUCCUGUUGGAUAAUGUUCAGCUGAGGCGAAUCAGCAUCAGACCGAGUAACAACGACGAACCUGUACAAGUCUAUACCCAGUUCAUUCACGGCUGGUCAUCUCUUCAGUCUAAGUGGGAUUUCAUUGAUCCGGAGAGCCCCAUAGUGGACUAUAGUUGGGCCAUUGGCACAACAAGAGGUGGCACCCAGCUACAAAGCUUUACAUCAGUGGGCACACGAACAGAUGCUAUUAACACCGAUCUGAGGAUGGCACAUGGAUCCCGUGUCUAUGUAACGGUAAUGGCAAGAAAUGCAGCUGAUCUCAUUGCCAUUUCAACCUCUGCCGCUGAAAUGAUUGACUUGACACCACCAGAAAUUCUUUCCGUCAUUGACGGGAAGACUGAACAAGAUAUUGACUUCAGCGCCGAGGAUUCUUCUCUUACGUUCAGCUGGUCAGCGUUUGAUACCGAAAGUGAAAUUGCUCACUGUGAAUGGGCAGUAGGAUUAGAGCCUAAUCUUGAUGACAUCGCACCAUGGUCACAGUCUCCUAAUGCCACCUCCACCAUCACCACCAGUCUGUCACAGACUAUGGUUGAAGGUCAGCGCCUGUAUGUCACAGUCACAUGCUACAAUCACGCUGGACAGUCGUCCUGGAAAUCAUCAGAUGGUGUUACCAUAGUAACAGAGUCUCCAAGUGCUUUGGCAGCUGUUGUCAGUGUGAAGACUUUGUCAGAGACUCAAUAUGCAACACGAGAUGGGUAUCAGUCGCAGAGAGAUUCUCUUAAAGCAUCGUGGCAUGGAUUUAUAGAUCCAUUUGGAAUCCAUUUCUAUCAGUGUUAUCUUAGUGGGCCAAACGUCUCCACAACAUGGAGACCUUGUGGAUUCACUUCUGAGAGCCACCUUGAUUGGUCAGGUCUUAGCCUGGUUGAUGAUGCAACCUAUAGUCUGUCAGUUAGAGCCAUCAAUCAUGCUGGUCUGAUCAGCCAGGAUGUCGCUGCCAAUUUCACUGUGGAGUCUGCCAAGCCUGCAGGAGGUGCACCAAGCCUCAUCAGGUCAUUCUGGUUGGGUAAUGGGACGGUUGAAUUUGCCUGGGAUGGCUUAUUCUCCUCCUCUUCCUCCUCUUUGGUCUACGAAGUAUCUCUUGGCACCAUCCCAGGAAGUAGUGAUAUCAUGCAGUGGGUGGAGACCAUGGAUACUGGUAUGCGUGUCUCACCGCUGGUUCCCUAUACCAACUACCACUUGACUUUGACAUCCAUUAAUGCAGCCGGCUUGUCACACACGGUCAAGAAGGUGAUCAGUGUCUAGAGGAUUCGCAAUCAUCAACUUAGGUAUUUUGUUGGAUUUAUUAUUUAGGCUUGUGACAAUUUAUGUUAGAUUCCUAUUAAACGAUACACAGAUUAUUUGUAUUUGAUGAAAGAAAGAGAUUUUGCCGAAAGUACUCAGACUUUCUUUCGCAUGUUAUCGCAAUCUACGUUUCACUUGAUGGCCAUCUGUUGUAUUUUGCCAUUUUCUAAUGUAGUCUGCUAAAAAGCAUGUAGGAAAUUUGUUUUUUAAUAUAGUUAAAUUGUAUUUGUGUAGAAGAUAUACUUAGUUUUUUCCCUCGUGCAACAGCAUUGUGCUUUUCAUUGUUACUUUCUUCCCAUAAUUUGCUGAGGACUACACAAUAAGUUGAUUAUGAGUUCUUGAAGUCUUUCGCGCCAUAUUUAAAUUGGUUCGAUGCAUGAAAUUUGGGUCAGGUAUUACCUGUAUAACCAUAUAUUAUCAAACAAAGUAAUACUUUGCUUGGGAAUAGUGUUACAUAGGCUGCGUUCUGUGUGAAUCGCCUUUCAGGGGCAAGUUCGAUCUAUGGUUGACUAUGGUCAACUAUGGUUGACUAUGGUCUUUGAUCAAACUUGCCCUCGAUUGAUGGCUUUUGUGUUGUUUUCAGAUGUAGUUGGAUCAAUAUUGUUGAUUGAAUGAACACAAAGAUGUUGCAGUUUGAAGGAGGAAUUUGCAAAAUUAAUCGGAAUUAGUGAGCAUGUUAUUGAAUGAACCUUUGUAAGAAAAAAAGUGAUGCUGCAUGAUCACGUACCAGUGGUUGAAUUGCAGUCAAUGGGGUUCGGGUUUACAUAUGUUAAUUGGUGAAAUAACAUCAAGUAAAAAUCAAGGUAAAUCAAACCCCAAACUUGUCUGUCAGCAUUGGUAGUACCUAGGCCAUUUCUCGACAGCAAGGCCAUUUCUUGAUGCCCUGAUGGCUAAUGAGCAAAACCAUAAAAUUCUUGGGCAGGGUUGUUCAUUCUCAAGACAAGGAAACUAGUGCCACCUUAAGCGCCGUGCAGUCUGAACACGUCAAUUAAGAAGCUUUUUUCUAAAGUGUUCGGCAAAGAAAAUUACACUUUUUUACUCAACAUAAAAAGGUCUAGUAAGUCAAUUGUAGACACAUUUACAUUUAUGUACACUUCGUCUUAAUUGUACUUUCUAUCAUGGAGGCUGGAUCUUAUUAAUCUCAACAUGAAAAUUAAGAACAGGCUUGGCUGCAAGAUUUAUCGCUGU